AUGUCAUCAUUGUAUGUGUAAUCUUACUCCUAUUAGAUUAAAACAGAAUUGCCCCAAAUUACAACUUAAUUGAAGAUUCAUCGCAAUUCUUAAAUAAUUGAAGAGUGCCCCAAAAAUCAGAAUGUGAACGAGAAACUCAAGGGCGACAAAAGGGUCUCCUACAUUUUAGGGAUAUUUAAAACGUUCAAUAAGUCAUUUCUAGUAUUGGUGGAAGAAUGUACAAAAGCUGCAACAAUUAGAGAGCAAGUCAUUUAUCACAUAGAUCAAAUCUCAUAUUAUGCUAUUGAAGAGCAAAACACUCAGAAUAAGGAUAUCUUGGAGAGUUUGGGAAAUUAGAAGAAAUUAUUAUAAUAAGGAUUCUAUUUUUCUAUCAAUGGCGACAUCACCUUAGCUAGACACUUUAACAAAUUUGAAAAUAGUUUUGUCUGGAAUCAGAAAUUGUUAAGUGGAUUUAGGGAAAAUAAGAUCUCGUCCCAUUGGUAAUUCCCUAUGAUUUAAGGCUAUGUAGAAUAAAUAGAAUCAUAUAUAGACAAAUAAUUAGUGACAGUGGUUUUGAUUUCUAGAAGAAGUAGAUUUAUGGGUGGCACACGGUAUUACUCAAGAGGAAUCAAUGAUGAUGGGCAUGUCGCUAAUUUCAUUGAAACUGAGCAGAUUCUCAUUAAAGGAGACACAAUAAUUAGCUUUGUUGCUAUUCGAGGUUCAGUACCCAUAUUUUGGAAUCAAGAUGGAGUCUCAAGUGUUAAAUUGACCAGAUCUAAAGAACUCACAUCUGCUGCUUUUAUCAAGCACUUCAACUUGCUGAGAAGAUAUGGUAAAAUAUUUUGUGUCAACCUGAUGCAAAAUAACAAACCAAUCGAAUAGUUGUUAACCGAGAAUUUCUACCAUUAGUUUUAAUCAACUUAAUUGGAUCAUGUCAGGUACUAGUAGAUUGAUUUUCAUGCUCAUGUUAAGAAUGGCAAAUCUACAGGACUCAAUCUGUAUAUUCAAUAGUUUGAAAAAACACUUGAAUAAUUUUCAUACUAUUAUGAAAAAGACAACUAAAUCAUCUCGGAAUAAUAGGGUGUAUUUAGAAUCAAUUGUCUAGAUUGUUUGGACAGAACUAAUUUAUUUAUGAGUAAACUGUUUUUGUUUAGUUUAAAUUAGACUUUGAUAAGUCAGAAAUUAUAAUUGAACAACAUUGACAAUAAUGGUAUUUUAAAUUAAUUUGAUGAAUCAAACAAAAAGCUAUUGCAUGAUCUCAUCAUCAAAUAUAAGAACAUGUGGGCAAACAAUGGUGAUCAAUUGAGUUUCCUAUAUUCAGGAUCAGGAAGUACGAUAUCAGAAAUGGCAAGAGAAGGCAAAAGGGGAUUUAUGGGCAUGCUUAAAGAUGGAUAUAAUAACAUAGAAAGAUUUUAUAAUCGCUAAUUUGAAGAUGACACCAAAUAAAAUACAAUCAAUCAAUUGUUAAUAGGAUCAGAUGCCAAUACACAUUUUGAUAACUGGAUAAUAGAAUAGGAAAACUAAUACUGUGUAAAUCGCGAAAUAUCUGUGCUUUUAGUAACUUGGAAUGUUGGAGGAAAUCACCCUGUAACAACUGAUUUUUCUAAUAAUAUCUUAAAUUUCUAAGAUAAUCAAUUAUCGAAUCCAGAUAUCAUAGUAUUUGGACUGUAAGAAAUUGUAGAUUUAAAUCCGCAAAACAUUGUUAUCAUGAGUAAUGAAAAAACCAUUUAAUUGUGGAAUAACAUAUUUCAAUAAAAUCUAGAAAAAUUAGAGUCUUAUGCUAAAAUUGCUGAAUCCGAUUUGGUAGGUCUAUAUAUUUCCAUCUUUGUUAAAACAUCGCAAAUUUCAAGAGUAACCAAGAUUGAAACAGAUGUAGUCAAAACUGGAUUAAGAGGAACAUUAGGUAACAAAGGAAGUGUUCUUGUUAAAUUUAAGUUUGAUGAUUCAUUAAUUGGAUUCAAUUGCUGUCAUAUGACUUCUGGAAAUAAAAAGAAUCAGUAUAGAUUAUCAGAUAUAGAAGAAAUUCACUCUAAAGCAUUUCAAAAUUCUAAAUAUAAAACCAAUUUGAAUAAUUUAGAUUAUUCAUUCUUUUUUGGAGAUAUGAAUUUCAGAAUUGACUUGUCUUAUCAGGACACGGUUGAUAAAAUUAAAUCAUAUUAAUCCUACAUUUCAAAAGAUAAAAAUCAUAUAUAAGCCAAACAAAUUUUAAGUUAUUUGAUUAAUUAAGAUCAAUUAAUGAAAUGCAAAGCAUAAAAUCAAUAUUUACAAUAAUAUUAAGAAGGCCUGAUAGACUUUUUGCCAACAUAUAAAUAUGAUAAAAAUAGUUAGACUUAUGAUACCUCCAAAAAAUAAAGGACACCCUCUUGGUGUGAUAGAAUUUUGGCCAAACACAAAGAAGAAACUAAGCUUGAAUAAAAAUUUUACAGAAGAAAUGAAUGUUUAGACAGCGAUCAUCGACCUGUGUCAAGUUAUUAUGUGAUUGAUGUUAAAAAAAUUGAUAAAGAUAAAUUAGAUUUAGUAAAAGCAUAGUAUUGUCUCUCAAAAAUGCAAAACUCAAAAUCAAAUUCAUAAAUUUCUAAAGAAACAACAAAACCAUAAUAAUAGCAACAACAACAAUAAUAUCCUUAUUAAGAUUAAUAGGAGGAAAUUGAAAACAUUAUUUUCUAAUAGUAAUCUGAAAAUUAACAAAUUGGUAUUUAAUAAUAAUAAUAAAUACAACAACAACAACAACAACCUUAGUAAUAAUAAUUAGACAAUGCUUAAGUUUAACAGAACUAAGAUAAUGCAAUUUAGAAUUAACUAGAAUAAAUUACAAAAGAGUAACACCAAUGA